UCCUAUUUCCGGCGCUGUCCCCGAAAAAAAAAAAAAAAAAAAAGGAAAGAAAAAAGAGAAAUCUUCUGGUUCUCAAGCCUGUGUAUCCCGCGCAGUCAGAUUCUAGGGUUCAUUUAUUUCAAAUCAAGGAUUUGGAUUUCGAAUCGGAAGGUAAUCUGCUGUGCUUUCUCGUAGAUUCAUCUAUCUUUGUAUUAUUGGGUCCAAUAGCCAUUGCUUGUCGGUGUUAAAAUUGCUUCUUUUGCAAGUUGGUGGAGAUAGGAGCAUAUUAAGUGUGUUAAAAUUGCUUCUUUUUCAAGUUGGUGGAGACAGGAGCAUAUUAAGUUUAGGUUGGAUUGGUAUGGCAAGAAAAUACAGUACUGAAUCAAGUGAUGAUGAUGAUGUGAGACAUGAAAGAGAUAAUAGUCGAUUAAGUAGUAAAAAGGAGUCUAGAUCAAGCAGUCAUCGUGAUCGUAGCGACGAAAGUGAUUCUUCAGAUUCUGACAGAGCAAAUAAGACUAAACAAUAUGAUAGAUGGGAUGGGCAUCGCAGUGAUGAUAAGUAUAGGGAAAGGGCAAGUGAUAGGGAUGGUAAGGACAAAGAUAGAAGAAAACAAAAUGAGCUGCGGGAUAAGAAGGGAUCUAGUAGAAGUUUUGAUGAUGAGGAAGAGCAAGUAGAGAGAGAAAGGGAUCAGCGAGGAAGUGAUAGAACCCAUCGACAUGCUAAUAAGCACAGACAGCAAGAUUCUGAGGAGAAUGUCAAGGUUAAAGAAUCUCAUCGAAGUUCCGAAGAUGAUUAUGAUGAACGAGUGAAAAGGGAUCGGCAUGAGAGGGAGAAGAUUUAUCAGCAUGAGAAGGGGCAUAGAAGACGGAAUCAUGAGGAUGGCUAUAGAAGCAGGGAUCGGUACUCACGUCGACAAUCAGAGGAUGGUGAAAGUGGGGAAGAACAGAGGAAAUCAGAACGGAGAAGAGAGAGGAGACACGAUGAUAAACAUGACAGGCUUAGAAGCAAGGAUGAUAGCAAUGCUAAGUAUCAGAGAGAUAAGGAGGUGAGCGAACGCCAGGGAGAUUAUAAGAGUUUGAGGGAGAAAAGUGAGGGAAAUGGGAGGAUCGAUGAGUCUUCGAAAACUCAAGGGAGCAACUUGAAUGCCGAUACACCAAAUUUGGGUAAGAGUGGAGGUGUUUACAUUCCUCCAUUUAAGUUGGCUCGGAUGAUGAAAGAGGUCCAAGAUAAAAGUAGUGUUGAGUACCAGCGAUUAACAUGGGAUGCCCUCCGAAAAAGCAUAAAUGGGCUUGUGAACAAGGUGAAUGCCACUAAUAUAAAGAAUAUUAUUCCAGAACUCUUUUCAGAGAACCUGAUUCGUGGAAGGGGUCUUUUUUGCCGGUCAUGUAUGAAAUCACAGAUGGCAUCACCUGGAUUCACAGAUGUCUUUGCUGCAUUGGUUUCUGUUGUCAACACCAAGUUUCCUGAGGUCGGUGAACUUCUAUUGAGAAGGAUUGUCUUGCAGCUUAAAAGAGCAUAUAAGCGGAAUGACAAGCCACAAUUACUAGCCGCUGUUAAGUUCAUAGCACAUCUAGUGAACCAGCAAGUGGCUCAUGAGAUUAUUGCUUUAGAAUUGCUUACUGUACUGCUGGAGAACCCUACGGAUGACAGUGUUGAAGUUGCUGUUGGCUUUGUCACUGAGUGUGGAUCAAUACUGCAGGACCUUUCACCUAAAGGACUGCAUGGUAUCUUUGAGCGUUUUCGUGGAAUUCUGCAUGAAGGAGAAAUUGACAAAAGGGUUCAAUUUUUGAUUGAAAGCUUGUUUGCUUUAAGGAAAGCAAAAUUUCAGGGCCACCCAGCUGUUCGUCCAGAAUUGGACCUUGUAGAGCAGGAAGAUCAACUAACACAUGAGAUUUCUCUUCAAGAGGAGAUUGACCCAGAAAUUACUCUUGAUAUAUUCAAACAGGAUCCUAAUUUCCUUGAGAAUGAGAAGCGUUAUGAAGAACUGAAGAAGACCAUAAUUGGUGAUGAGUCUGAGGAUGAAGAAGGUUCUGAUGCAGCUUCAGAUGGUGAGGAUGAAGAUGAGGAUGAGGAUGAGGAUGAGGAUGAUGUUGAUGAGGAAGUGGAAGAGGAGCAGAUGAAAAUAAAAGAUGAGACAGAGACCAAUCUUGUAAAUCUUCGGAGGACAAUUUAUCUAACAAUUAUGUCCAGUGUAGAUUUUGAAGAAGCUGGUCAUAAGCUCCUCAAAAUUAAGUUAGAGCCUGGUCAAGAGAUGGAGUUAUGCAUUAUGCUUUUGGAAUGUUGCAGUCAAGAGAGAACCUACCUCAGAUAUUAUGGUCUCUUGGGGCAGCGUUUUUGCAUGAUUAACAAAGUCUACCAGGAAAAUUUUGAGAAAUGCUUUGUCCAACAAUAUUCUAUGAUUCACCGGCUUGAAACAAAUAAGCUGCGUAAUGUUGCAAAGUUUUUUGCCCAUUUACUUGGCACAGAUGCUCUGCCUUGGCAUGUUUUGGCCUAUAUACGCUUAACUGAAGAGGACACCACUUCUUCUUCUCGUAUUUUUAUUAAGAUUCUCUUCCAGGAAUUGUCAGAGCAUCUUGGCAUACGAUUGCUAAACGAGCGGCUUUCAGAUCCCACAAUGCAGGACUCGUUUGAAUCAAUUUUUCCAAGGGAUAAUCCCAAAAACACUCGAUUUUCGAUCAACUUCUUCACUUCCAUUGGGCUUGGUGGCAUCACAGAGAAUUUGCGUGAGUAUUUGAAGAAUAUGCCACGUCUCAUCAUGCAGCAGCAAAAUCCAGUGUCAGAUGAUGAAUCUGAGGGCUCUGGAUCAUCAGAUUCUGAUACAGGUAGUUCUGAGUCAGAAUCAGAUUUAUCAAGUUCAGAUGAAAGUGAAAGGGAAAAACAAAGGAAACGGAGGAGAUAUUAGAAAGCCCUCUUUCGUUUUUCAGUUAGCAUCUGUGAAGCAGUCAAUCUACUUUGUUCUUUAGCUUUGUUUAAUGUUGGACAGAAAUGAAUUAUAUGGUCUUUUUUUGUAAUUUUUGUUUAUGUUGUAUUUUUCUUGCUCUAGCUAGUAACAACUUAACAGAGAUUUUGAUAUUGUGCUCAAGAAUUCAUUGCUGCCAAUUUUUUAUA